GUCCACGUGACUGGAUGAGACAGAUGUUUCCUGCUCCCAGGAGCCUGCAGUAUUAGUGAGGAGGUCACCCUCAGAACUGACGUCUGCCCGGCCAUGGGCUACUACUACCUGCUGCUGCUGCUGCUGCUCCUGGGACUAGCAGGCCAAGGCUCAGCUGACAGCCACCCUGAGAUGCUACAAGCUCCGGUGGGGUCCUCCAUUCAGGUGCAGUGCCACUACCGGCUCCAGGAUGUGAGGGCUCGCAAGGUCUGGUGCCUGUUCUUGCAGGAAAGCUGCCAGCCACUGGUGACGUCAGCUGUGGACCGACGAGCCCCAGAGAACAGGCGCAUAUUCCUCACAGACCUGGGUGGGGGGCUCCUGCAGGUGCAAAUGGUGAGCCUGCAGGAGGAGGACACAGGGGAAUACGGCUGUGUGGUGGAAGGAGCCGCAGGGCCCCAGACCCUGCACAAGGUCUCCCUACUGGUGCUUCCACCAGUUCCAGGCCCAGGAGAGGGGGAGGAAGCGGAGGAAGAGAAGGAGACCUAUAGAACCGGAAGUCUGCCUAAAGAUCCUUCCUUGGACCCUUCCGGGAGUGCAAGCCCUCAUGAGUUCAGACGGCAUAAGUACAGUAUUCCCCUCAUCUGGGGCGCCGCUCUCCUGCUGGGUCUGCUGGUGGUGGCUGUGGUGCUGUUUGCUGUGAUGGCCAGAAAGAAAGGGACCAGGUUUGGUGUCUGUGGCCGGUCCCAGAGCUGUGGAGUUUCAGGCAUGGACUCCUCAGCAGCCCAGCAAGGCAGUGACUCUGGACUGGCUGCUGGGAUGCCCACGGACAUACCGUAUGCGAAGCUGGACUCCCCCCCUCCCUUUGACACCACCUACCCAGGCUUUUCUCUUGAUCCUCCAUCAAGGACACCCCCAGCUCCACCCCCACAAUUCCCUCUGCCUCCUAAGGUUCUGAAGUCCUCCAAGCCUGUGACAUAUGCCACAGUUGUCUUCCCAGGAGGGGACAAAGAUGAAAGAACUGCCUGUGAGCCGGUUCGGGAUCUAUCAAACAGUCAAACCCCACCCAGCUAAAUAAUACACCUUAAUUUAUUCUCUUGGGAUCAUCCCUGGAGAAUUCUCGGCAGCCACCCAACUAGCUCUGCUUUUUAUGUCCUGAGUAUGGUGACUUGGGCUCUCACCUAGUGUCUUGUCUUGGUGGACAUAGGAAGUGGUGUUCAGAUAUGAUUGAGGUGUUUGGGAACCAACUGUUUCUGCUGCUUCCUGCUGCUGGUUCUGCUGUCAUUAUAUAUUAGGCUAAAUAAACCCUGAGGAUGUGUAAGCUCUAUGUGUGUGU